CUGCUAGGGGGCGGGGCCGCCGCGUCUGCCGCCUUUCCGUGGUGAAGGUGGCCCUUGGGCGCGCGAGCGUUUCCGGGGCAGCGUCAUCACCGUCACGCUCGGCGUCAGCGUCGUGGUCGCCAGCAUCAUGACAACGCUCCGCGCCUUCACCUGCGACGACCUCUUCCGAUUCAACAACAUCAAUCUGGACCCGCUGACCGAGACCUACGGGAUUCCCUUCUACUUGCAGUACCUCGCCCACUGGCCCGAGUAUUUCAUCGUCGCCGAGGCGCCCGGCGGGGAGCUGAUGGGUUACAUUGUCUGGCUACAGGCAGUGCGUUACCCCAAAGGUGCUGCUGCGCUGAUGCUCUGUGUGUUCACAGUCAUGGGCAAAGCUGAAGGCUCUGUGGCUAGGGAAGAAUGGCAUGGACACGUUACUGCUCUCUCUGUUGCACCAGAAUUCCGACGGCUGGGUUUGGCUGCUAAAUUGAUGGAGCUCCUGGAAGAAAUUUCAGAAAAAAAGGGUGGAUUUUUUGUCGAUCUCUUUGUGAGAGUAUCAAAUCAGGUUGCUGUAAAUAUGUAUAAGCAACUAGGCUACAGUGUAUACCGGACAGUCUUAGAGUACUACUCAGCUAGCAGUGGGGAGCCAGAUGAAGAUGCUUAUGAUAUGAGAAAAGCUCUUUCCAGAGAUACAGAAAAGAAGUCAGUUAUACCUCUGCCUCAUCCUGUGAGACCAGAAGACAUCGAGUAACUUAAGCUGUGGUUCUCAUGCAAUUUAGUAAGGGUCAGGUUCCAUCUCCUAUAACCCCCAACAACUUAUGCAUAAGAAGUUGUAGGCCAAAUGUUUUCCCCAUAAAAUACUUAAAAGCAACGUUGAGAAGCUGACUAACACUGCUUCUAUUGGUAAUGGCUGUAUACUGCUACACUUACUCUAUUAUUUUUCCUUUCACAUGUUGGAGAUUUGGAGACUAUUAAAAUGGAGUUACUUCC